GAAGAGUCCGUGUUUACAGCGCAGCUUUCGCUCCACGUUAGCAUCGUUGAUUGAGGAGAAGUCACUAGGAAUUUACCUUUGUGUUUUUGUCACAAACAGUUUCGACACUUCUUUUUGUAAAAUCACGCUCUUAAUUUUGCGCCACGUCGUCAAUAGCAUGAUUGUUUGGUGGCGGAAGUGUUGCCGACAAGCAUAGCAAUGACAAGCUGGCUAACGUAGCGCCGAGGUUAGCCAGCUACUAACUAUCAACACUAGCUAACUUCUCGCAGAGCAUCGGGACAUCCAGUACGGUUAAACAGGGGAAUUCAGGUCGAAAGGACACACGCGCGGCCAUGGGUGCGGAGAACAGCGCGGUGCGGAGCUGCAUCUUGGAGGAGCCACUCCUGACUCUGCCCUCCGGACUCACCAUGUACUCGGCCAUGCUCCAGGAUGGAAAGCCUGCUUCCGUGUUCGUUCACAAGCGGGGGAAUGAAGACAAAGUCAACAAAGCUGCCAAGCACCUGAAGACCUUAAGGCACCCGUGUCUGCUGCGCUUCCUGUCCUGCUCAGUGCAGGACGGUGGCAUCCACCUGGUGACGGAGUGCGUGCAGCCUCUGGAGCUGCUACUGGACAGCCUCUCCCCGGAGGAAAUCUGCGCAGGCAUAUACGACCUCCUGCAGGCGCUUGUGUUUCUGCACGACAGGGGCAAAUCAAGCCACAACAAUGUCUGCAUUUCAUCUGUAUUUGUCAGUGAAGAUGGUCAUUGGAAACUGGGAGGGAUGGAGACUGUCUGCAAAUUCUCUGAAGCGACACCUGAGUUUCUCACAAGCAUUGAUAACUUGAGAGAGGCCACCUGCGUUCCCCCAGAAGAGCUGGUUGAGGGCUUUAAAAUGCUUCCGGAGAAAAAUGCUCACUCUCGGGACUGUUACUCUUUUGGAAUCAUGAUGGAGACCCUCAUCUCUCUCCUGAAUUGCUAUGUGUCACAGGAGUUGUCUGACAGUCUGAAGAAGACCCUGCAGGCAGGCCUUCUGAACUCUGACCCCUUUUCUCGACCUCCACUCAGCUCCCUAUUGACUCAUGAGUUUUUCAGGAAUGACUUCCUGGAAGUGAUGAAUUUUCUAAAGAGCCUGACCUUGAAGACGGAAGAAGAAAAGAAUGAAUUCUUUAAGUUUCUUCUAGACCGGGUCCAGAGUCUCCCUGAAGAGCUGAUCGCUGCACGUCUUGUCCCCAAACUCCUCAACUCUCUCGUUUUUGCAGAACCCAUGGCUGUCAAAAGCUUCCUGCCUCAUCUUCUAAGGCCAAAGAGGGAUUCCAGUGGUGGUGUUAGUGGGGAAGAAUGCCUGCUGUCUGUGUCCCUUUACCGGAAACAUGUGAUUCCUCAGCUUCUCAAGCUCUUCAAGGUCAAUGAGGAACACGUCCGGAUCGUGUUGCUGGCUCACAUCCACAUUUACGCUGAGUUCUUCUCCCAUGAUGAACUCAAAAACCAGAUCCUACCUCAGGUUUUGUUAGGAAUGAGAGACACCAGUGAUUCUCUGGUUGCCGUGACCCUGCAGAGUCUGGCGGUGUUGGUGCCCUUGCUGGGGGCUCAAGUGGUGGUUGGUGGAGAGAGAACCAAGGUCUUUAAACGCACCACACCCAACUUCACCAAGUCUACAGAGGUCACCCCUGAAACUUCACCUGUCCAUAUAGUUGGAGGCUCCCAACCUCAGAUGGCCCAGCCUUCGAAAGUCUUGAAUUUGUUCCCCAGACCAACAGGGACCGAGGGCCUGGUCCUGGGUCACAUGGGUAGCUUGGCGGGUAGUAGGGAGACUCCAAGAAGUUACCCUCUGGCAUCAAAAUCAGAUGCGAGUAGACAAAUGUCUCUACCUUUGAAUGGCUUUCGUCAGGAGGUGGAGCAACAGUCAUACAGCCCAGAGCAGGCUGACAGAAGAGAAGGCCCAUCAGAAGACUGGCCUGACUGGAGCGACCCUGAAGAGAGUGAGAACGCAGAUGGACAGUCAGUCCAGAUCCACAUCCAGGCCUCAGAGAGAGGGCAUCCAGUCACUAGCAGAGUGCCCCUCUCCCACCCCAACAUCGAAGAGGCACCGUGGGAUGACUUUGAGGACACUGAUCCUACCUCAGAUCUCUCCCCUAUGGCUCCUUUAUCAGACCCAGUUAUACUCACACUGCCCAGAGGGGACACUACUACACCUGUAAAACAUGCUCCUGAAGCACCAAGACUGGGUUCCUCCAAACCCCUCAAACUGACAUCAACACUGCGACAGUCCACACAGAGCAAGACCAGUUCCUCAUGGGACGAUGGCUGGGCUCAAGAAGAGAGAGGCUUGGAGAACUCACACAGCCCAUUAAACCCCAAGCCCACAGUGCCACAAAAGAACAGUGGGAUAGGAGGUCUGGGGGAGGAGUUCACCAUUAAGGUGAAGAAAAAGGCAAAGCAAGACCCGGAGCUGGAUUUGUUUGCAGACAUGGUGCCGGACAUCAAACUGUCCUCUCCAGCUCUGCUGCUACUGGACGAGGGUAGCGUAGGUGAUGCUGGACUGUCUGCAGCCUCUCCAGAAAACACAUCUCUGCAGGUUGACUCGUCCAUCGAUACUGUAACACUCACCGCCAAGUUUGCAGCUGCCAACCUGACUGAGACUGAAACCGAUGGUUGGGGAGACGAAGGUGACCUGAACUGGGACGAUGAGAAUUCUUGGUGAUGACGUUUGAUCGGUCUGCUGCAAAAAUCAAAUCCUCACGAUGCGACAGCCUGUAAGCUGAAAGUUG